AUGCAUGAGGUCCAAAAAGACACCUUUUAUUCACCUUUUGAUCUUUCAUAUUCUAGCUAUGCUGAUGACUAUGAUUCAAGAAACAUGUCUAAAAUAUAUAUAGCCUCAAAUCCAUGCAAAGAAGCAGCAUUAUCCCAAGGAAUGCCCUCAGAUUUUUCUCUUCAAGUUGAUAUUGGAAAUGAAACAGCAAAAAGACCAAGGUAUCUGCUGGCUUUAGCAGUUGGGAUUCAACAAAAAGAUAUUGUGAACAAAAUAGUCUCCAAGUUCAAUGAAGAUUUUGCAAUAAUGUUAUUUCACUAUGAUGGGAAAACAAGUGAGUGGGAUCAGUUUGAAUGGUCACAAAGAGCAAUCCACACCACUGGUCUAAAACAAACAAAAUGGUGGUUUGCCAAAAGAUUUCUCCAUCCAGAUAUAGUGGCUGAAUUUGAGUAUAUAUUCAUUUGGGAUGAAGAUUUGGGUGUAGACAACUUCACUAGUGAAGAAUAUAUAAAGAUUGUGAAGAAGCAUGGACUAGAAAUAUCACAACCUGCUAUUACAUCAAGCACAGAGCCAACAUACAGGAUCACAAUGAAAAGAAAUAAUGUGGAAGUUCACAAGGACGCAGAUGAAAAAUGUGAAAAUCCUCUUUACCCUCCUUGUGCAGGGUUUGUUGAGAUUAUGGCUCCAGUAUUCUCAAAAGAAUCAUGGAGCUGUGUUUGGAAAGUGAUUCAGAAUGAUUUGGUCCAUGGUUGGGGUAUUGAUUUUGCAUUUUGGAGAUGUGUGAAGGUCCCUCAUGAAAAUAUAGGAGUAGUUGAUGCACAAUGGGUUGAACAUUUAGUUUUGCCAACCCUAGGAACUCAGGGUGAAUCAAUACAGAAAAAUAAGACGAAGCAGAGGUCAAAGACUCGAGCAAGGUGUUAUGAAGAAUGGAAAGAAUUUGAGUGGAGAAUGAAAGAAGCAGAAAAACAGGAAUCUCAGAAACAGUCAAACCCUCCGAAUUAG